AUGGGUAUGGGUGCUUACCCCAAAAAGCGGAAGUUGACUCCUAAGGUGGAGGAGGUCAACUUUGACCCGGAUGCCCGCCAGGAAUGGCUUACUGGGUUCCACAAGCGCAAGGUGCAGCGCAUUAAGCAAGCCCAGGAGGUGGCAAUUCAGAAGAUGAAAGAAGAGAAGAGACAUGAUCGGGCAAAGCUUCGUGAAGAACGAGCGGCCGAUAUGAAGCGAGUAAUGGAGGAACACAAAGCCGCCCUCAAGCGCAUGAAGGCGGAAUUCAGCGACAACAGCGACUCCGACGCUGAUCAGGAGAGUGAGGAGGAGUGGGAAGGCAUUGAGGAACCGCCGGCGGUUGACUACGAGGCCGAAUACAUCGACGAAGACAAAUACACCACUGUUACCGUUGAAGAAAUGGAUACAUCACGAGAUGCUCUCCGGCAGUCCGCGAAGGGAGAGGAUUCAGAGGAGGAAGAACAGAAGCCAACAAAGAAACCCGAGCCAGAGGCGAAAUCCGAUAAAAAGGUUCGCAAAUAUACACAAAAGCCGAAGCAGAAGAAAAAGCAAUUCCGAUACGAGAGCAAAGGCGAUCGUAAAAUUGCUGCGUCAAAACAGCGAUCAUCAAACUCGAAGAAAGCUAAGGCGCGCAGAGAGCAGUGA